AUGGCUACCACCGCCGAUUUGACCCCCGUGUCCGACUCCACCAUGCCCCGACCUCGUGCGGCAACGAUGGGCUCAUCCGCCAUAGCAUCGCAGUCGCCGACACCCCGACAACCAGUACAUGGUCCUUAUACUUCCGCGGGACUCCAAUCACCAGGAAGCCCGCCACUCGAUGCGAGAGAAUAUGGCAUCCCAAGUACUGCUCAAGGACAAGGGCCAUUACGACAUCCUCAACCGCUGACGCCUUCGGAUAUCCAUCUAGUACUUGAGCGGGAACAAGAGGCCAUGGUGAACCGAUUGACCAGAGAGUUGUCCCUUCUGCGCCAACAGACAGCAUCUGUGGCAUCCACAGGGUCAUCAACCUCCACGUUCAACGACACAGAUGGCACCUGGGGAUCCCCCACACUCAGCACCUCAACCCGGUCCAACUCCACUCGGCGGAAUCGGUCCAAUUCAAGUCUCAGCUCACAUGCUUCAAUGAACCAAGGAGCACAGACUUCCAGUGUCACAGGAAUAGCCCCUUCACGAGAGACAAGCAUCCCAUCUCGCCAAACAGACCACUCGCGAACCGUUCGCAGUCGGGAGCCAUCCCUCACAUCUCGCCGGCCUUCUAUUGGCUCACUAUCUUCAUUCGCCCAUAGCAAUAGCAGUGUCUAUCCUCACCGGGCUUCGGUGUCACAAACUCAAUUGGGACACUCACCUGGCAACUCAAUGUCGCGCCUUGAAGAAGUAACACAUCACAGAUUGGAGUUGGAGUACGUUAAGAGGGAGAAUGACCAGCUUAGGAGACGGGUACGGGAUCUGGAGCAGACUCUGAAGAGACAGAAAGAUUCAGGAAAUUCAGGAUCGGCUAGUAGAACGUCUGCCACACCGUCUGACGGAAUCAGUGAUGCCUGA